AGCGGAUUGGCGAUGAAGCAAGAGAGCUUAAACUGCACCAAAUUCUAAAUAUGUUAAAGCACGUACAUAUGAGUUUACCUGUCAUCGACCAGUAAGUUUUCGGAAUUACCCAACACUGCCCAAUAAGUUUUCGGAAUUACCUAACACCGCCCAAUAACUUUCGGGAAUUACCUAAUGCCGCCCUGUAAGUUUAGAAUACCUGAAUGGAGAGGUUUUUUUCAUUAUCGGACAAUUACAGUUUUGGUUUGCACUAAUGGGCUUCCGUAUACAUAGGGAUCUCCCUUUGGAAGAGGAUAAUGUAGGUGAAGGUCGUAGAAACAAAAUUUGUAGGCUUGAUGGCUUUGACAAGGGCACUUGCACGAGUGCGGGUUUUACAGACGUCUGUGCGGUUGUUAGCCACAAAACCCGAUGAAGGGAGAAACGUGGACGAAGUGACACACACAGGCCAGGUUUGGGAUAAAGAUGACUACAGAAGAGUUAGAUUUCUAGACAAGAAGAAAGUGGUCAACAAAAAUUUUGCCAUCAAUCUGAUUGGUGAGGACCCCGUGGUUGUGUGUGAUGAGAAAACAGUGUGGAGCAAUAGUGGAGGAGCCCUAGGUCACCCAAAGGUCUAUAUCAAUCUGGAUAAACCAAAGAUAUCGACAUGUGGAUAUUCAGGGAGAAAAUUUAUCUAUAAAGGUUUUUAUAAAGAGGCUGAACAUGGACCUUCAAUAACAUAUGAACAAUAUCUGGAAGAAAUGAAACCUACACCGCGAGACUGACCGCACAAGAUGAUAGGCUUGUUUUCCAUGUAUAGGAAUUAAUGUACAACACAGUUGCUGUAUAAUAAAAGUGAAUAAUUUUAAUUUCUCAAUAAAAAAAAUAUGUGAUAUACCA